UGGCGAUUGUCUACAUGGCUGCUGUUGUCCCCCCCGUGGUCGACGGGGACAAGAUAAAUGAGCGGCGACUGCGAUAGUGGGUGGUGGCCGUUUCUCGCGACGGACCGGUACCUCAAGCAGCCUGGUCGCGCACACGCUGGACGAGUCCGGUUGCGGAGGUCAUGAGGUGAGUGACUUCGGUACAACCCAUUAGCUGCCAAUACCUAAUUGUACAAAGCCACCGAGCAGCAGUCCAACAUUGACGGUCAACUCCUCCAAAAUCAAACGCAGACCUCCAAAAUGCGUUUCAACGGUUUGCGGGAGCUGUUACCGCCGUUGCUGUCUAUGCUGACCGUCACCGGAGCUUUGGGCGCGAUGCUCGGGUCAAGUAAACCAACAUUUACGGUUGAUUAUAAGAACAACGAGUUUCUGAUGGAUGGGAAAAUUUUCCGAUAUGUCGCUGGAUCUUUGCACUAUUUUCGAAUUCCAAAACAACUUUGGAAAGAUAGAAUACAAAAAAUGAAAGCUGCCGGCUUAAACGCUAUAUCAACCUAUGUUGAAUGGAGUCUACACGAACCAUACCCGGGAGAGUAUAAUUUUGAGGAUAUAGCUGAUGUGGAGUACUUUGUUAAGCUAAUUCAGGACGAAGGAAUGUACUUGUUAUUAAGGCCAGGACCGUACAUUUGCGCCGAAAGAGAUUUUGGUGGGUUUCCGUAUUGGUUGUUGAACGUGGUGCCCAGAAAAAGACUUCGAACCAAUGACUCCAAUUUUAAAAAAUACGUUGCCCAAUGGUUCAGCGUGCUGAUGCCUAAAAUGGAACCUUAUUUGUAUGGAAACGGUGGGAAUAUCAUAAUGGUUCAGGUCGAAAACGAAUACGGGAGCUAUUACGCUUGCGAUCAAGAGUACAUGAUUUGGUUACGGGAUUUGUACAAAAGCUAUGUGGGCUACAAGGCUUUGCUGUACACGACCGACGGGUGCGGUUAUUCAUAUUUCACGUGUGGUGCCAUUCCGGAAGUCUACGCGACCGUAGAUUUCGGUUCAUCUGUGUUUAACGUCAGUCAGUGUUUUCAGUACAUGAGGAAAACGCAGCAAAGAGGUCCGCUUGUCAACUCCGAGUUUUAUCCUGGAUGGUUGUCUCACUGGGGCGAGAGUAAUCCUGUUGUACCGUCUGACCAAAUUAUCAAAUCAAUGAAAGACAUGUUAGCCCUGAACGCUUCUUUUAGCUUUUACAUGUUUCACGGAGGAACCAAUUUUGGGUUCACCUCGGGGGCCAAUACGAACAGAAAUACGUCUCACUAUGGUUUUCAGCCUCAGUUGACUUCGUACGACUACAACGCACCGUUGAACGAGGCCGGUGAUCCGACAGAAAAAUAUUUUAAAAUAAAGCAGGCUCUCGAGGAAGCCAACUUUGAAGUGUCUAACGAAAUUUCGCCGGUACCUUCGCCCAAAGGCGAUUAUGGUAAGUUGACGCUCGAGCCAUUAGCGAGUUUCUUUGAGAAAAUUACACAACGCGUCAAACCCGUCACCAACGAUGUGCCGUUGGCUUUCGAAGACAUGGAUGUUAACACAGGAUUUGUCAUGUACGAAACCAUUCUAACGGACGAGCAAAAAAACUUCACCGGUGUCGUUGAGCUCAAAGUGAAAACUGUCAGAGACCGAGCGAUAAUUUACUUGGAUCAGAAACAACAAGGUACGAUGUACCGAGCCAAAGGGAACACGACGAUGAAAUUAAACAUCAAUCCUGCAGUUGAGAAGUUAAGUAUUCUAGUCGAAAAUCUAGGACGUAUAAACUACGGCAGUUUUCUUGAAGACAGAAAGGGAAUAUUCGAUCCCGUUAAAUUAGGUAACCAGACUUUGGGUCCGUGGAAGAUGAUACCUUAUCCCCUAAACGAGACUUCUUGGAUUCCGCCCAUCGAACCGGUGCAAAGCGUCCAGUUGCCGGCUUACUUCAAAACGGAGUUCGUACUACCGGAAAACAGCACUAAGUGUCUCGACACGUUCUUGGACCCGUCGGGUUGGACUAAAGGCGUAGCGUUCCUGAACGGUAUUAAUCUGGGUCGAUAUUGGCCGGCAAACGGACCUCAAGUUACUCUUUUCGUGCCAAGCGUUUACCUAGUGCCACCGCCGGCUAACAAUACGCUCAUAAUGUUAGAGCUCGAAGGUGCCCCACAAGAUUUGUCUGUUAAGCUGGUCGACAAACAAAACCUCGACAAACCGGUAGCGUAUUUUUAUUAGACUUGCAAUUUGCAAAAUAUAGUGCAUUCGUUGUGCAACAUGCGGACAUGUGAGUUUACGCCAAAAGAUUCUUUUCGAGUCUUUUGUAGGCCUUUGUUUAUCGUUCUUGAUCAUCAAAUUAAUUAUCAGCAAACCUAUUGUCGAUGGUCUUGUAACUCCUUAGAUUUAAAAUGUAUCUUUAAGUGAUGUAUUUUGUUACUUUAUACUUAUUUAUCACUAGUGAUUCAAUUUGAUUUUGUAAAAAUAUAUUUUCAUAUAAAGUUUUGAA